AUGUUAAUGAUGGAGUUGCCAAUGGACAGCGAUUUUUCGGUAAACACGGGUCGCUCGCAUCAUAUCAGAUCCUAUGUGGCCAACAAGUURAUGUCGCGCCGGGUGCUAACCAGAGCAACGGUAGCGGCCAACAACACACGGGCAUCRGCYCAUCAGCCGAUGAUAAUAGCGGGUAAUCCGAUUGACGAAAGCCUAUACAAACAGGAGUACAACUGGAUUACUGAUAAACCGCAGCCGCAACAGCUGAACAGUGGUUAUACGGAUACCGGUGCCGCCGGCACUACUGGUAGUGGUAAUGAMGAUCCGCUUAAUGGGAACACAAACAUCAGAUACCGGCGUCGGAACAGUCGGCCGAAUAGUCGUCAAAUYAAAUUYGAAGAACCGCCCAAUGAUCUCAACAAACUGUUUGCCGAAUCAUCGGURCCGGGCGUMCGCGAUAUUGCCGGCACCCGUAGUUUGAUYCGYAAGAUUUUCUGGUUAAUAUCGUUCCUGUUUUUCGGUGUACUGGCCCUGAAAGACAUAUCGCAAUUGGUWUCCGAAUACUAUGUCUAUCCGAUUACCGUCGAUGUCCGACURCGCGAUUCGCGGCGGCUAUUAUUUCCGGCCAUAACUGUUUGCAAUUUGAAUAUUGUCCGCUACUCGGCCCUAUGCAAUACAUCAGUAUCGGUAAUCAAUGCGUCGAUGAUACCGCCCGAUCUUAAGGACAAACUGUGCGCCUUUCAGGCCAUUGUCGAGCGGCCAGUUACUCCCAAACCGAUUGACCCGAAACCCAAAGACACUACUGUAAAGCCGCGACCGGCGGACAGYGAUCCGGAAAAUCCAAAUCUCGAGGACGACAUCAACAACUACGGCACUAUUGGCGGAAAUAAAAAAGUGGCCGAAACAUCACCGCCACCGACUCCAGCGCCUACACAGCCACCGCAAACACCAAUGCCGACACCGCCGCCGCCGCUGCCGCCACCACCGCCUCCUCCACUGGAUCUACCUUUGCCGCCACCGUUGGAUUUUGAUAAUAGAGGCCAUGACAACAACAACAACAACAACGACUUAGACAACGAUAUGGACAAAGAGUUGAGCCGAAAUCGACGACAAACGGGAACCGUCGGCAAUCGACAAACAAACAAUAAACAGUCGUCGCAUCCGACCGGACAAAACAAUGCCGACAAUAAUAAUAAUAAUAAUAAUAACAGUACUGACAAUAUCAACAAUACUAAGCCAACGCCUAACCGUGGAAAGUGGACAUCAACUGCCGUACCAUUGCCGACGACUCCCCCGACAACACAAACUCCGCCGCCGCCGCCGAUAGUGGAAGAAUACGAACUGACCGAACGCGAAGAAAAGGAACUCCAGGAAAAUCUGACCAAUUGGUUGGCCGUCAUAUACAAUAGCAACGAAAAGUUGGCCAAACAGUUGUCCCAUCAGUUCGAGGAUAUGAUACUCCGGUGUACCAUAAAGGCCACCAACUGUACCCAUCCGAACAGUUUUGAGCCAAUCUUUACGCCCACCGAAGGCAACUGUUAUACGUAUAAGUCAUCGCCGUCGUCGUCGUCGACCGCGUCCAACAACAACAACAACAACUAUCACCACAGAAAUGUUCGUUUGCAUAAUAAACAAGAAGAGACGUCCAUCGCUGGCGUCAAUUACGGCCUGGAAUUGGUACUCAAUCUGGAGAUUAGCGAAUACUUGCCCGGAUCGGCACAAAUCGGUGCACUGGUAAUGGUUCAUCAUCCCGAUGAGUUCGGCAAUUCGGCAUCCGAGGCKAUAUUUGUGGCGCCCCAGCAGGCCACCUAUAUCGGACUCAAGAUGAUCAACAUUACACGUUUGCCGAAACCAUAUCCGGAGGCCUGUAUCAAUCAGUGGCCGUCGGCACUGGUCGGUCGACUGACACAAAACGCUACCUACUCGCAACAAGCGUGCCUGAAGAUAUGUCUGCAGCGGACAAUCCAGCGCCGAUGUAACUGUCAGUCGGCAAUGUUGCCACAGUUGGAGCUCAAUUCGACGCUAAAGAUAUGCGAUACUCGCCGGCGAGUGACCCGCAGCUGUGUCGAAGAGGUAAUGUUCAGGGCCGAGGACAAGGUAAACGAUUGCCAGUGUCCGCCCCGAUGCCAAGUGGUCAACUACGACAAAACAGUAUCGAUGGCCCGGUGGCCAACUCGGGAGGAUCGUGUAACCUUCGAUCGGGGCAAACAGAACGUGAAUUUCCAGAAUCUGGCCAAAGUUACCGUCUAUUUUCAGACAAUGACCGUCCAGGAAGUUACCCAAGAAAAAGCCUACACUACCGCUAAACUGUUUUCAUCCCUGGGCGGCAUAUUGGGUAUGUAUGUUGGCUUCUCGUUUCUAUCACUGUUCGAGAUAUUCGAGGUACUGUUCCGGCGGUUCUGUAGUAAUCAUACCAAUAAUAAUAAUAAUAAUAAUGUUAGCAAUUUUAGUCUCAGUAAUAAUAAUAAUAAUAGUAAUCAUAUUAAUAAUCAAAGACGUGUACGCUUUCAAAGUUAG